UCAUUUCAGAAACUUCUCUGCCCUGUCUCAACAAAAAGCUCAGCUACGUUGUCGGGGAUUUCACUAUUUUUUCACUCAAAAUCUCGGAUGUGCCACUACCGUCAGUGAUAGAUGGGUAACUGUUGUGACUCUGAUGAAGAAGGACCUCCGGAGUCGAGAAGCGUCAAAGGCGAUCCAGGAUCUCCGCGGCAAAGAUUGAGAGACGAACAAUUAAAGCAGCGUAGUGAGUGGGAGGAAUUUGUAGAUUGGCUUCGUCGGUGGUGGCAGGGUGAUAAUGAGUCGUGUGAUAUUGAGCGGUGUGAUAAUGAGCAUGAUGAUAAUGAGCAGAGUGAUGGUGACCAUAUUUAUGAGCAAAAGGUGCAAAUACUUGUGGAGAUGGGCUUUGCUGAAGAUGAUGUAAGAAGAGCUCUAAAUGAAAAUGGUUGUAAUGAAUUAUUGGCUCUGCUCAUGCUUUGCGUAUAGAAUACG